ACGACUUCUCGAUCACGAUUCGCAGCAGACACGCGUCAUGCUUGCUACAGCACCCAUGCCCCUCUCUUCACCGCCAGUCUCCUUCUACAUACAACUCUCUAGAUGCCGGUCACCACAGUGUCUGCUGCUGUCCACAUAGCUCCAGUGGCUAUUCGGACAUUCUUUGGUCAUGGUAAACGAAAAGCCAUCAAGUUUCGGGACUCUGUUGAGGAAGAGGAAGCCACUGAUGAUAUAUUCUUUGACGAGGCAUUCCACAUAGUCAAGGCUUUUAUUGACAUGGGCACUCGUAACACCGUCGAGUCCUUGCAAGCAUUUACCAACACCCACAUACCUGCGCCAUACUGGGCUGCGGUUUCUGCUGUUCGUAUUCCGCUUAGGUCAUGUAAUGAAGCGGCCGACAUGCUCAUCGCUUGGUUUGGUCCUGAUGAACUUAAACUUGUCGUUGGUGGAGAGAGGUGGUGGCAAGUUCGUGGUCUAGAUGGUCUAGAUGCGGAAUGGAUUACAGAGAAGGCAUAUCUCAGUGAUGAAAUACGCCCCGUCAACUUUGGACGUAAAUUGACUGAAGACGAGGAAAGGUUACUCCGUAUGGAGGAACUUGACACGGUCAUGUUUUAUGUUCAUGGAGGCGGCUAUUUCUGGGGGUCUAUCAAUACUCACCGCUAUCAACUCAUCCGUUACGCCCGGAAACUCAAGGGACGGGUGUUCGCAGUGAAUUAUAGGAAGGCACCUCAAUAUCCAUGGCCAUGUCCGCUGCAGGAUGUGAUUGCUGCAUAUCUAUAUCUCAUACAACCGCCCAAGGAGGCCAUUCACAAGGCCAUUCCGCCAUCAAAGAUAGUUUUUGCCGGUGAUUCGGCGGGAGGCGGUAUCUGUCUGUCUGUUCUUGCUGUUCUACGCGAUACGGGUGCUCCAAUGCCGGCGGGCGCUGCCCUGAUCAGCCCUUGGGUUGACCUCACUCACAGUUUUCCCAGUGUCAUGAAGAACACGAAAACUGACAUCAUUCCCGAGCAUGGGUUCCUGGCUAAACCUUCAACCCUAUGGCCAAUUCAUCCUGUUGCACCUCCAGACGGAAGAAUUGGGCCCACGAAAUCCAUGCCACCACCGGAACCAGGCCAUGCUGACACCUUGCUACCAAGCGCGUCGAGAAUUGAGGUCGACGAAAAGAGUACUGACGAAGCGGAAUCCCGAGGUGUCAUCGUACCUCAGGAGCAAAUGUUGAAAGAGACAUCGCAAAAAAAUUACAAUGAAAUGGGACAGACGUACUCUAGCCGUACAGACGAGGAGGAAUACGACAUUGAUCGAUGGGAACCCAAGCUACCGAAGGUUCUGAUGGAGGAUGUAGAGGCUGUACCACUGGAGCUCCGGUCGCAAAUUCAGCUUUAUGCCACGAACGAGCAAUUAUCUCACCCACUCGUCUCGCCAAUCUUACAAUCAACUUUGGGUGGCCUACCCCCGCUAUAUAUCAUGGCAGGGGAUGGAGAGGUUCUGAGAGAUGAAAUAAUUUACCUCGCCCAUCGAGCGGCGUCUCCUCAACAGUAUCCAACACGGCGUGGUGUUUUACGUGACUGCAGGCGUCAGAAGGAAAAUGUUCAAAAAUUCUCGACUCCCACGAAAGUCCAUUUGCAAGUCUUUGACGGGAUGUGUCAUGUUCUGCCAGUUUUUAUGUUCACUCCGAGCGCCAAACAUGCUUAUCGCAGUAUCACGGCAUUCGCGCAACAUGUCACGACCUACCCUAACCAACUUCCAGAUCGUACUCCGUUCCUAGAGCUCUUCAGCCCUCCUUCACAAACUUCAAUUGACAGCAAAGUUGAGGACCAGCGGCGACCGGGAAAAUGGCAGGAGGACAGCGCUCAUCGACCAGGGCCUUCAGCUGUCCCGAGUGCCUCUCAUACGCUUUACGAGUCAGAAGCAAAAAUCGACAACGGCUCAGAGAAACCUCGCUCGUCGAACGCUUGCCCUCCCUCUGAUAAUGGUUCUGAAGCCGGUUUUGACGUGAUGAUGGUGCGAGAACGUGUCGAUAUCCGAGGUCGUGUACGCAGGAUGGAGCCGAAAUCAGAGAUGGCUGUUCUUCAAAUUAAACCAGGUGAAGUAGGGUUGAUCAAGGAGGCUCCAGCUAUUCGGUGGUUCAAAGGACAGGAGCAAUGGGACAAACGGUUCAGCAAGCGUGCCGAAACAGUGCUUAAGAAGAGAGCAACUCACGAGAAUAAGACUCGAAGGAUGAUUGAUCAUGCAAGACAGCAGGGGUUGACACUUUCAUACGAGGAAGAAAAGCCGCCAUUGCCUCAAUCCCAGUCCUUUACUAACGCCAGUAUACCGCAAAAGGUCAAUGACGGUGUUGUGCAGCAGGAUCGUCGGUGGGGUCCUUUGGAUCUUGACCAUGAGAAUCCUCCGCCGAGUGCGAUAGCGAAAAGACGUGACACGCCUGAAGCGUAUGCACUACUGAGGAAGCACAUCUAUCAUACCGCUCCUGUCACCCAUCGGUUGAUCCCUAGACUCAAAAUUUCCGAUGCGGUUAGGGCAGCCUUCGACCCCAAAGAUGACCCGAUCAAUCCUCCCAAGCAGUCAGUUUCAGAGCAACAAGUCAGGACUCAUAUCAUCCCAAUGCAUGGCUUGAAGAUGUGGGAUGUAAUUGUUCGGUACUUCAUGCGUGAAACUUCGAGGAAGGCCAUCAACUCCGUGAAAAAUAUGAGUGGCAAUGGAGACGAUACACUGGUGACAGGGACGGUCUCAACGAAGUGAAUUGUGAUGGGUUUCAAAGUUUUUUUUUAAUGCGGACAGAGUUCUACAUCGAAUACUCUAUUUAUGUGCUUAGCAUUGACGCGUAAUACAUAACUGUCGUC